AUGAGGAUCGAGAAGAGGAGGAGGAGGAGCCACCGCCGCCGCCGGUUCAGGGGGUUCUUCGACUGCAUCGCGAGGACGGUGAGGGAUGAGGGGGUUCUCUCGCUGUGGAGAGGGAAUGGGACCGGAGUUAUUCGAUAUUAUCCCUCCGUUGCCCUAAAUUUCUCCCUCAAGGAUCUGUUCAGAACCAUGCUAAGAGGCAGUGAAUCACCAACAUCCAACCAUCUCAUCCCUGCCACAGCCUCGAACUUCAUUGCAGGAGCAGCAGCAGGCUGCACAACUCUUGUCAUAAUCUACCCUCUCGACAUCGCUCACACUCGCCUUGCUGCCGACAUUGGCAAGUCUGACGCUCGCCAAUUCCGAGGUAUUUGCCAUUUCCUCUCCACCAUCUACAAAAAUGACGGCAUCAGAGGCAUCUACCGUGGCCUCCCUGCUUCAUUGCAUGGCAUGAUUGUACACCGCGGACUCUACUUUGGGGGCUUUGAUACGGCGAAGGAGUUGGUGACGUCGGAAGAUUCUACACCGGAGAAUAUUGCAUUGUGGAAGAGGUGGGUGAUGGCUCAAGCAGUUACCACGAUGGCUGGGUUUGUGUCAUAUCCAUUGGAUACUGUGAGGAGGCGAAUGAUGAUGCAGUCUGGAACGAAGGAGAGAAUGUAUGGAAGUACUUUGGAUUGUUGGAGGAAGAUUUAUAGAACGGAAGGAUGUAGUUCGUUUUAUCGAGGGGCAGUUUCUAACAUGUUUAGGAGUACCGGGGCUGCUGCGAUAUUGGUCUUGUAUGAUGAGGUGAAGAAGUUCAUGAAUCGUGGUAGAUAGCAACUGAGAAGAAUUCGUUAUAGCUCACAGAAAGCUAGGGUAGGGUUAUGAUAGUUUUUACCCAUAUUUGUAGGAAAAGAAAGAAAGUAUCUCGCUGUUGAAGAAGGUUUUUUUUCCUGGGUGUGUGUGUGUGUUGUUAGGGGCUUAACUGCCUUGUUAGGGCAAGGCUCUGUGUUGGGAUGUAAACUUGCUUUCAACGGCAAAGGUGAAUUUACCUUGUAUUCUGAUACCUGUGAAUGUUUUUUCUGUCA